AAAUUUUUUUAGGAAUUAACAUUAAAUUAAAUUUCUACAGUUUUUAAUCCCAAAAUCGGAAUUACAAAUUUCAUUUUGUUUGAAAAUUUUAACUUCAUGUACUCUGGUUUAAAAAUUGAAUAUCUGAGAGGAGUGAGUUACACGGAAGACGAUUUAUCGAGAAAUCCGUUAUAAUAAAAAUGGAAUAAAGCCGAAUUACAAUCAAAAUUGCGAGAGCAUGGAAGCGGAAAACAUUAGUGUUGACGAAUAUAUUUUUCAAUUGGAAUUAGAUUAAGAAAUAACGAAAAUAAAAGAAAAGGAAUAGGCAUAAUACUAGGGUUACUAUAUCGGUUUCAGUCAAAAUCAGUCCCGUUGUAUAUGUAAUACCGGCUCAACUUGAGAACUAUCACUAAGCUACUACAAUCGUCAUUCAUUAACAUCUUCUCCAGAUUAAGAAUAGGGGUAUUCUCUUGCUCUCGCAAAACCCGGUGCACGGUGCAAGAAUUGCAGAUUUACCACGGCACAACAACAAACACACGCAGAAAAUUAUUUGCAAUGGCUGUAAAAUAUUAUUUCUUUCAUAUUAUGCACUUUUUAUACGCUUACACUUCAUUACAUUUGUUUGUUGUUGUAAUAAAUUAAUUCAUUUAUUGUGUUAAAAUAGGUGGACACUAGGCCGGGUCGAUUUGUGGGGAGGCAAAAAAAUCGCCCAUUGCUCUAUGAAAAUCAUAUUCUAGGAAUCAAAAUAAGAAACUUUGCCGAAGGAACCAUACCUCUGAAACGAAUUCUGAUGUCCCCCAAUUUGGGUCGAACUUUUGGGUAGGGACAAAUUUUGAAAUAGAAUUGAAAUUACCAUUUCAUUCUUAUUACUUCUGAAAGUGAGGAGAACUAAAGCAAUAAUAUUUCAAAAAAAUAAUAAGUGAAGUGACCAUUCCAAAUCAAAAAGUUUACAAUGAAUCCACCAUUCUCUACACCGCAAGAUGAAGAACCUACAUCAAAACCUAUCGAAAACCCAAUGAGUCAUAUACCCAAGCAUGAUGUUACUGUUUUUGGUGUGUCACUGAUUUGACUGAUCUUAAUUUACCAACCCAUCUGGAUAUCUUGAGAUAUUAUUUUUACUUAAGCGAACGUGCUAAAACAGAGCAAAAAAAGUUUUCCCAUAAAUCAUUCACUACUCAAGUACAAGAUAAGUUGAUUGGAAUUUGGGAAAAACUUGGUAUGGAAAUAAUGCUGAAAAAAAGUGUAUGUAAUAAAUUGAAUAAAUUACUUGACAAGUAUCAAGAGCAAAUCAAGAGAAGAAACAACACCCAACAAUUUACAGAGAAUGUAAAAUCUACAUUGGAACAUGUAAAUGCGAUUUGAAGGCAGCUCCAUGUGCAUGCGGCUGGGUUUCCGAACGCCUCAAAGAGUUCAUGCACGAUCAAAAUAAUCAGAGAAGACUAACAAUGAGUGCAUUUAUGAUGGAAACUGAAGAGCAAGGAUACGAUUGUUUUAACUUUGCCUUGGUAUGUGACAGAUUUGGUGUGCCUGACAGAAUAGCAUCAGCAUUGGGAACCGCUCUUUUGCAAGAUUUUAAAAUUAAAGAUAAGCAUGGGAAACCUCUCAUCAUGGAUAAAUCGAAAGUUCGCAGAGAAAAAGAGAAAUGCAGACAAGAAGUGCUUCGCAAACGGUUAGAUGAUACCAAUUUGUUAGCGUUUUCAUUCGAUGGCAGAAAAGAUGAUACUUUAACGAUAGAUAAAAUUGAUGAGAAGUAUCAUACUAGGAUGGUAAAAGAACCUCAUCUUGUUAUUUUGAGAGAACCCAAUUCUGAAUUGAUUGGUUACGUAAGACUGGAACAUGAAACCGCUGAAUACAAAACAACCAAAUUAAAUGGUUUUUUCAACGAUAAAAAUAUAUCACUGGAUACAUUAAUUGGAAUAUGCACUGACGGUGAGCCAACAAACACUGGCCCACACGGUGGAAUUAUACGACGAUUCGAAUUGCUGUUAAAAAGACCAUUGCAUUGGUUUGUUUGCCUUCUACACUUCAACAAACUUCCGUUUCGGCAUUUGUUUGAAGCUUUGGAUAAAUCAACCAGCACUGGACCCAGAUCGGCAACCGGAAAACUGAGCCGUCAAAUCGAAACUUGUGAAACUCUUCCGGUGGUGGACGGCUUCCAGAAAAUUGAGUUGCAAAAUAUGCCCCCUGCUCCAGAAAAAAAAGAAUUUUCCACCGAUUCGAAGUACUCAUACGACAUGGCCCAUGCAAUUUCUAGCGGCGUGGUUCCGGUGGAUCUGGCUAACAUCAAACCAGGGAAAAUUGUACAUUCUCGGUGGCUCACCAAAGCCGCUAGAUUAAUGCGAUUAUAUGUGACAACGGAAAAUCCAGAUGCAAAUUUAAGAAUUCUGAUUGAAUUUAUAAUUAAAUGUUAUGUGCCGAUGUACUUCAAUAUCAAGUAUUACAGCUCUGUCGUGUACGGCAGUGUAUUAUUUUUCAAGUUCAUUGGUUGGUCACGAUUUCUAGAACCUCGUUUACGCAAAAUUGUCAAUCAAGUAAUUAAAGAUAAUUCAUAUUAUGCGCAUUCGGAAAAUAUCUUGUAAUCAAUGUUGUUUGAUGAUAGGAAAGAAAAGCGCGACUGUGCCAUCAAGAAAAUUUUACGCUAUCGAACCGAUGUUGACGAGCUAAUGGAACUUUGAGCUUAUAAAAAACCAGAUAUAAACUUUAAUUGCACAAGUUAUACGGAAAUGAUCAAUUUCAAUGAUAUAAAUAUCGUAUUUGAACCACCAUUCACGCGAAGCAUUCCGUACGAUACAUUGAAAGAAUAUUUAAGUCAAGAUGAUCCACCGUUUAAUGAUCCAAAAAUUCCAUCACACGUACAAGGAACUGAAGGACAUGUUCAAUUGCUAGCUAGCGUUUCCAAACGGGUUAUACCGGAAAAUGUAGAGGCUGUUAUGGCGACGACAUUAGAGAGCCGUGCGAAAUUGCCCAGACUUGAAAGUAAAAAAGACUUCAAACAAUAUUUUUUUUUAGUUUCUUUUCUAUAACUCACUUAAAUUAAUUUUUUCAUUUACAUAUGUUCUGACUAAAUAAAUUUCUUAAGAGAAAAAAUAGAUAUUAUUAUAAAUAAAUAAAUAAAAAUAAAGAAAAAACAUAGCCAUUUAGCUGAUUUUUUCAUGUAAAGGCCAAAAAUGGUGAUUUUUUGAAAUGAUUGUAUGGGGAACCCCCCAGAGGAGUUCCAGGGGGUGUGCCACUGGCAUGGAUGGAUCGGCCGUCCAAAGUUAGUGGGGGUCGGUCAUACAUUUGGACUUGAUUGGAGCACUCUAAAUGGGUCAAAGUGGGAUUUUUCAAAAUUUGCCCCUACCCAAAAGUUCGACCCAAAUUGGGGGACAUCAAAAUUCGUUUUAGAGGUAUGGUUCCUUCGGCAAAGUUUCUUAUUUUGAUCCCUAGAAUACGAUUUUCACAGAGCAAUGAGCGAUUUUUAAAUCGACCCGCCCUAGUGGACAUAUUAGGUUUUUUUUCGGCCGUCAAAACUCACGUAACCCCUUAAAGAACUAAAAGAAAUGACCAAUGAAUGGGGUAGCGGGUUCCGUUCAAUUCUGGCACACAUUUUUUAUCUUAAAACUACUACUGUACUUGCCUAUAUCGAAAAUAUUUUCGAUAAACGGUCUGUUAUAAAUAUAACAUUGAUAACAGAUCCAAAACCAGCAAAGUCUACAUACAUUCAUACAUACAUAUGUACAUAUACCGUACACGUAUCUUAAGUUUUAUUUAUUGCGGUUGCUAUAUUACCAUACAGACAUACAUACAUCUCUGUGGUAAAAAAAAAUUCGGUUUCAUUCAUAUAAGUAUCGGAGAAAAUCCUUAUCUCGGUACCCGACUGAUCGAUUUCGACUAAAUUUAUUACUUGGCAUUCUUCUCAUUUACCACAAUUUUAAAAUCCAUUUGAUACUUUCACUUUCCAGUACACAAAUCAAGAAGCAAUUAAUAUAACGGGAUGCAAUUUUGCAUUAAUAAAUCCUUUAAAGUAUGCCAUAUUAUGACUAAAAAUUGCCUAAAUCCAACCAAACCUCUACAAGCCGUAAGAACCGAAUAUAUUGACCACAGUAUCUAUAGUUGAAAUUCUGACAGAAUCCUUUCCUGACAAUAGUAUUUGUGUGUAUCAAUAUUUCCCUGAGCCCCCAUAUACCUAAUAUAAAGAUUUGCGAACUUCCGGGUAACUUUAUUCUGCAUAUAUCGGACAUUAUUUGAGUUAUUUCAUUGAAAAUCACAGAGAACGUUUUACUCAUAACAGUGUAUCUUUGGGUCUAAAAUAGAUAAAAUUUGGUUAAAACUUAACCUAGCCCCAUAUAACUAAUCUCAGAAUUUUCGUAUAUCCGGCUGACUUGACUCCAAAUGCUUGGUGAUUGUAUGAUAUGUACUUUAAUGUAAUCUAGGGAACAUCUUUUUAGUAUAUGGCAUGAUAAUAGUAAAUGGUUAAAACGAUACUACCCUAAUUCCCAUUUACCACAUAUAAUGAUUUUAAUUUUUCUAACAAACCUUAUGCCGAAUUUGUCGGUCAGUGUAUAGGUUAUAUACAUAUGUAUAUUUUCUGUACCAUAUAUGUAAAAGUGUUUAGAUUCCGAUCCU